AUGUUCCGCAAUCGCACCAACACUCAGAAGCCUGAUGAUGAGCUCAUCAGUCGCUUCCAAAGCACAUUCGCGGAUGUCGUUCCCCGACGAGCCAGUCAUGCAAGUGCCUCACACAGCACAUUUCCCAACGGGACGGGAGAUCCCAUGGUUUCGAACAGGUAUGCAGUCCAAAGCUAUGCUAGCCCGGGACCGGAGGCUGAUCUGGCACACGGCUUCAGACCAUUGGAACACCAUGAGAUGAAGGUGGAGGAGCACGGUUUGAAAUUCUCCAGCGAACGAACUCCUCGGAAUCUGCAGGAUCUCAACUUCACGCCCUCAUGGAUCGAUUCGCAAUCGAUGACGAUGAUGUCUCUUGCCGGGCAGCACCCGGGGUUUUAUACGCCAAACUCGGGAGGGAUGGGUGCCAUUUUCCACAACCAGGCAGGCGACCUACACACGCCUACCGCUGGACUGAACAUGAUUACGCCUCUUACCCUUCCCAACCCGAUCCCCAUCGGCCAACAUAAUCCCCCGUCUACGAUAAACCACUUCAAUCAGCAAUACCUCGCCCAACACAUGCCCGAUAUGAAUCCUUACGUUCAACAACAGACCUUUGCUCCCAGUGCAUUCAUGCACCGAGACUCGUACGAUGCUAUGGACGAAUCUGUGGACACCCCGUCAAUCACGUCAAUCAAUAGUUUCCCAAUUGAUCAAGCAUCAAACUUGUCUGUAUCUACGGAUUACUCGGGUGCUCUUAACAUCAGUUACGCCGAAGGUGAAAAUUUCCGCUACAAUGUCUCUCUGCGAGCUCCAACAGCAAUGGUCAAGCAUUGGCGAGAAGUUCCCAUCUCCUACCUUAACAAGGGUCAAGCGUAUAACCUGACAGUCGUGGACUCUAACCCGCCCAUGGUCGGCUCUGAGCCGCUCCAGUACCGAACAUACGUGCGAGUUUCCUUUGAAGAAGAAGAACAGCGUUCGAAACCGGCCGCCUGCUGGCAAUUAUGGAAAGAAGGUCGCGGUAUGAGCGAGUCGCACCAACGGGGAGGGAAGCUACUGGCAGUGGAAUAUGUGGAUCCGCACCAGGGUGGUGAGGACCACAAGCCCCGUCAAAUUCAGGUCGAGCACACAUCUUUCGAUGGAUUCUGCGUUACUUGGACUGCCAAUCCGGCAACCGGCACACCUGACUGUUCAAUCCCUGUGCGAUUCAAUUUCUUGUCGACCGAUUUCAGUCAUUCCAAGGGUGUAAAGGGUAUCCCGGUGCGAUUAUGUGCAAAGACAGAACUUCUGACACCCGGUGAUGGAUCGGAAAGUCCCCGCGAGGCGGAGGUAUGCUAUUGCAAAGUGAAGCUCUUCCGUGACCACGGUGCCGAGCGCAAGCUCUCCAAUGAUAUUGCGCAUGUCAAGAAGACGAUUGAGAAGUUGAAGCAGCAGAUUACCCAAACAGAGAUGGGCGGUGGGUUCAGCAAGCGCAAGCGCGGAAGUAACGCCACGGCGAACUUGAAGAUGGCAGACCGGUCCAAGAACCACCUGAAACACAAGCGCACAUUUUCCGUGAGCUCACAGGACGGUCAACCCGAGAAGUUGUCUUUGGAAGAUGAUCUGCAAGCCAAGUUGGUUAUGAUGCAGGACAUGUUCUCAUCGACUCGCACAAUGAGUGUUCUUGCCUUGCGCGGUGACGAGGAAGAUGACCCGGACUUGUACCCUGUUCGGCUACCCGCUGAUGGCGAAACCCUCAAGGUGGAACUUCUCGGUCGACAGAACACAAGCGCUUUGCAAUCGAUGGAGUCUUCGAUUCCUUCUCCAUCCAGCAGCAGUGUCUCUUUUAACUCGCCCCAAGUACACGAGAGCAAAUUGGGUGCUGCCUUGAAGGACUCGAAGAAUCCAACCACCGUCCCGCGGGUCACGAUUGACGAUUCUAUCUCGACUGGAUUCAUCGAGGCUGUUGAUAUUGACCCGACAUACCGCCCACCUGCGGAGCGUCCACCAAAGCCUAUUGCAUGCUUUUACGUUCACUUCGCCGGUACUGACCAGCAGCCCGAUUACUACCGUGCCAUCUACCUUACUGAGCGCACUGUACGGGACUUGAUGAGGAAGAUUUCCGAAAAGAAUCACCUCGACCCAGCCCGCAUCGUGCGCAUUCUGCAUGUCAACCAGAACGGCCUCCGAAUCAUGGUUGACGACGAUGUGGUCCGCGAGCUUCCAGAGGGACAAGACAUGAUCGUCGAUAUCUAUGAGUCUCCCGCUACUACGAAUGAAGACGGCGAUUGGUCGCCUGGUACUCCGGUGGAAAUCAAGUUGACAUACUGA